ACGCCUACAGUAUUUGUCGUUUUUCGAUCUAUAGAUCCUUAUUACACAAGUUAAUGCCAAAGAAUACUUGAAAGAAUAAUUGAAAUUUUAAACAAAAAACAGUAAAAAUACGUGUGUGUGCUUAAACAAAUGUUCAGAAAAAAGAAGCGAUUUAAACACUAGUCAAAGCCGGUCGUUAAGAUUUUUAAUGAGAAAGUGAAAAGAAAAAUAAGUGAAAGGUGGCAAAAGAAGAGAAAAGAAAGGAAAAUAUAUGAAUAUGAAAGGGAGGACUCAAAUCCACAUAUGUAUGUUGAUGUGGUUGUGUUGGACCGUGGAUGCCACACACUUGCAGGGGUCCUUUGAUACACAGGAUUUCUUUAAAUUUCUCGUGAAAUUCGGUUUUCAGAAAGCAGAGUCUCACCGUCCUCAGGACUCUUUCGGUUACAUAUAUGGCAAUAUCACAUCCGACAAUGAGUUUCAUCAGCCAGUGACUCUUGUCGUACUGGACAAAUCAACGUUUGUCGACUUCUAUCACAAUCGCAGUUUGAGCAUCUACGGUCGCGAGUUGGCAUGUCAACAUAUGUUCAAAAACAUCCAGUACUUGGCUUACGAUCCGGAUUGUAACGCCCAUGGUAAACGCGAUUUUCUUAGACGAGUGCCAUGCCCAAAGGGCCAGUUAUGCCAGGAUGAAGACGCACCCAGUAAUGUCGUUGCAGGACAUCAAUUUACCUAUGUCAUCAGUGAAGUCUCGCAGCCAAGGUUUUGGUAUAUGGCCAUUGUGGCCUGUUAUCGCAAUCGAACAACGUGUCAAUGGCACGCAUAUGAUACCCUAACAGCGCCAGCAUCGUUUUUAAAUAACAGUAUUUCGGUAUUGCACUAUGACAUUCAUGUUGUAAAUGGCCAUCCCAACAAUUCAGACGAUCAUCCCCUUACAUAUGAGUUCUCCUUCGAUCAACAGAAUCUUUUAGAAAUGUAUUUAAUAUUCCUGUUGGUUUACAUUGUUCUACUGCCCAUGCAAAUUUACGCGGUGCGUUUGCAGAAACAUCCUGUCACAAAGUUGUUUACAAUCAGUUUGCUAAGUGAGUUCGUAAGUUUAGUAUUAAUAACAUCCCAUCUGAUCAAAUAUGCCAGCAAUGGCAAAGGAUUGCCAAAUUUGCAGACAUCCGGAGACAUUUUAGAUAUUGUUAGUAGGACCACAUUUAUGUUAAUACUGCUACUGCUAGCCAAGGGAUGGGCUGUAACACGUCAACAAAUAAGUCGCACCGGUUGGAUUAUAUUGAUGAGUAUAUGGGUGCCCUAUUGUGCUUUUCAUGUGUUCCUCUACUACUGGAAUAGAACGGAAGUUGAUAUAAUUUCCGAUGUGGACGAGUAUCAAACUUGGCCUGGUUGGAUAGUUCUUAUAUUACGCACCACAUUCAUGUUAUGGUUCCUGUACGAACUACGCAAUACCAUGAAAUAUGAACAUUCAUCUAAAAAACUAGAUUUCCUUUUACAUCUGGGAGCAUCCAGUCUGGUGUGGUUUAUUUAUCUUCCGAUAGUGGCCAUAGUAGCAUUACAAGUGAGCCCCAUGUGGCGCUAUAAAUUAUUAUUGGGUAUAACAAAUUCAGCUGAUUGUUUGGCAUAUUGUGUUAUGACAGGACUCUUGUGGCCAAAUAGAUCUGGACAGUAUUUGCUUUUGACAGGCUCAAAAUACGCAGGUAUGGAUGAACUAGACGAAUUCAAUGAAGCCCCACACAUUGUGCGGGAACGUGAGAGAAGGCAAAAUUCUAUCGACAAUCCCGUGGUGGUGGUUACGAAUGCCACCAGCAAUCAUUCAACGAAUCGGCCAAAUGGUGACGCCUGCGCGGAUCUUUUAGAAGCAGAAGACUUGGACGCGGAACUUCUAACAGACCUUAAUAAGAAUAGUCAUAUUGUGGCAUAAGAAGUGCCACACCGUAUUUAGGACGUAUGUUUAAACUGCGCAAUUACUACUGAAUAGUGCUUAUGAUAAUGGUUUUUAUUAUUGUAUUGUGCGCACACCUCAUACACAAUACACAGAAAUACAAUAGUUGAAAAUCUUUUUGUAUAAGCAUUUGCCAAAUGCUAAGAUAACAGAGUGAUAAUCUUGUUUAUAACCUGAGAGUUUCUUUCAAUUAUUAUUUGUGUAAUUCAUAUAAUGUAUACAUAGUAACAUUAGCGAUAUUAAUUAAUUAUAAUAUAACAUAAGCAACGAAUGUUUUUUUUUUUUUUAAGUUCCAACAUUCUACUUUAGCAACAAUGUAAAAUAUCUUUGUAUCUAGACUCUUUUCAUUUUUGUUCAUUCAUUUGAUUCGAUAAAUAUGUCAUUCGCGGUUUCUUUAAAAUUCGUUAAUGAACGUACAUUCAAAUUAUAGCCAUUAUUUUUGUGAUUUAUGAAAUGAGACACACAAAACAAAAACAAAGCAAAAAAUACUUUAUUGUUAAUUAUUAAUCUUUGUAUAUUUUUCUAAGAAAAUAUCAUUGAAUAUGUUAUAUUUAAGUAACACAACAACAACAACAUAACACAACAUUACAAAACGAAACGCUGCAUACAUUCAUUAGUUUUUAGUGUAUAUUUCUAUUUAAGAUCUAAAAGAUUUAAAUAUUUUAAAUUGGAUAAUAGUGUCAAGAUGAUGUGACAGCUUUUGAUCAAUCAUGUCAUAUAAAUUUUAAAUGAACAAAAAAAAAAACAAUUAUAGAACUGAAUUAAUAUCA